AUGGCGAGCCGACAGGAUGGUUCCUCCCUCGGCUCCCGGCGGUCGGGUGGACGGAAUGUAGGCCAGUUUGCCAUCGACAAGGAGAUUGGCAAAGGAAGCUUUGCGCAGGUCUAUAUGGGCUGGCAUAAGGAAACAAAGGCUGCAGUGGCCAUCAAAUCCGUCGAACUAGAUCGCCUGAACAAGAAACUGAAAGAAAACCUAUAUGGCGAAAUCCAAAUCCUCAAGACCCUACGGCAUCCGCACAUCGUUGCUCUCCAUGACUGUCUCGAAUCCGCUACACACAUUAACCUUGUCAUGGAAUACUGCGAGCUCGGUGACCUUUCCCUCUUCAUCAAGAAACGUGACAAGCUCAUUACCCAUCCUGCCACCCACGACAUGGCCCGCAAGUAUCCCAGCGCCCCUGACUCUGGCCUUCACGAGGUCGUCAUCCGCCAUUUCCUCAAGCAGUUGGCGAGUGCCCUGGAGUUCCUACGGAGCAAAAACUACGUCCAUCGAGAUGUCAAGCCGCAGAACCUCUUACUGCUGCCCUCACAAGCAUUUAGGGAAAAGCGAAACCUCCCCAUCAUGGAGCUCGCUGACUUCGGAUUCGCCCGUGUAUUGCCCUCAACGUCUCUCGCCGACACCCUUUGCGGCUCGCCCUUGUACAUGGCCCCUGAGAUCCUCCGUUAUGAGCGGUACGACGCCAAGGCUGACUUAUGGUCCGUCGGCACUGUCCUGUAUGAAAUGAUUUCGGGGAAGCCCCCUUUCCGCGCGAGAAACCACGUCGAACUGCUGAGGAAGAUAGAAGCUGCCGAAGACGUCAUCAAGUUCCCCAAAGAAGUGAUCAUUACAUCUGAAAUGAAAUCCCUAGUAAGAAGCCUGCUCAAGAGGAGCCCCGUGGAGAGGCUGAGCUUUGAAAACUUCUUUUCCCAUCCCAUCGUCGUUAAUGAAAUCCCCGGAUUGGUGGAGGAUGACCUUCCAAGGCCCGCCAGGCGUGAGCCCAAGUCAAUCCCCCAAGCAGAGCCUACGGCAACAUCACCGCGCGUUGGCUCCCUGCGAAACGGAGGCUUCGAACCCGCCCCUGCUCGAUCGUCUCGGGAGCAACUGCCUCGGUCAUCGCCGCUGAUGGAGAGUCCCAGCGAGGGCCGACAUCGGCCGCCUUCUGCAUCACUCCCGAAUCAUCCAAGGGUUUCUAGGCCAUCUUUGCACAAUACCUCGCCGCCUUCCUCCUUGAGCCAAGACAUCCGCAAGGCUCGGAUUCCAAGCGGCAAGGCUCUGACAGAGGAAGAGGAAAAGGCGGCUCAAGAUGUCAUGUUCGAAAGGGACUAUGUGGUUGUUGAGAGGAGGCACGUCGAAGUAAAUGCGCUUGCAGAUGAGUUGGCCGCAAACGAGAAGCUCGCUUCGCAGAGCCCGACUUCUCUGAAAUCGAAGCCACUGGUCAGGCAUUUCUCGCAGCAGGGGCCCCCAAAUUCUACCACUGGAGCCGUCGCAGCUCCCCCAUCGCGGACGCAGCUUAUCACGCAGGGCCGAGCCGGCCAGGACCGGCGCUCGUCGUACGAGAAGGCCUUGUCUGCAAGCCCCGGGUCGGCUUCGAGCGCCAUCACCAAGGCUAUCCAGGAUGCCAGCCUCCGUCUCUUUGGCGUCAGGAUGCCCAUUCGCCCCAAGGGUCAAUCUCCACCAAUGUACCAGCCGUUCCCGGCCUAUCCGACGCCGCCAACCUCGGCCGGACUCAUUGGAGAUGGGAAGAACAUUGCGUCAGAGGACGACGAUGUCCGCUCCGCGCAGGUCAUUGAAGACCUCGCCACCCGAAGUGACUGUGUCUAUGGAUUCGCCGAGGUCAAAUACAAGCAGCUUGUCCCCAUGGCACCAUCCACAAAUCAUGGAUUGGGAGGCAUUGCAGCCGACCAGUUAUCAGUGGACGACGAAGGUCUUACAGCCGAAGCCGUGGUGGCACUCUCUGAAGAGGCUUUGGUACUCUAUGUGAAGUCACUUUCUCUUUUGGCACGAGCCAUGGACAUUGCCAGCAUCUGGUGGUCCAAGAAGAGCAAGGGAGAUGUUACCACCGGCCUAUCGGCGGCAGUCUCUCAGUCUGUCGUCCAGCGCAUCAACGCCGUGGUCCAAUGGGUGCGACAGCGCUUCAAUGAGGUGCUGGAGAAGUCCGAGAUUGUUCGCUUGAAGCUCAUCGAAGCUCAGAAGCAGCUGCCAGAGGACCACCCAAGCCACCCGUCAAACCAAGGAGUGGACUCGAUCAUGUCCUCCGCAGGAUCUGGGAUGGACCAGGUAUACCUCACACCAGGCAUCACAGCUGAAAAGCUAAUGUAUGACCGAGCUCUCGAGAUGAGUCGAACUGCCGCCAUUGAUGAGGUCACAAAUGAGAACUUGCCUGGUUGUGAGAUUUCAUACAUCACGGCCAUACGCAUGCUCGAGGCUGUGUUGGACAGCGGUGAUGACGCAGGUCUUACACGAACCAAGGAGAGCUGCAGCGAUCUCGAGAGCGAUGAGGAGGCUCAUAUCCGAAAGAUGAUUACUAUGAUCUCAGGCCGGCUUUCCAUGGUUCGCAAGAAGCAGCGCAUGAUUGCCGAAGCCAACAGCAGAACACAACUAACCCGUCGACGAAGUGGCGAUGUUACGCCUCGCAGUCCCCUCUCACAAGCGUCGACUUAA